AUGGGGCGACUGCCAGCCGUCUCUUCCAGGAUGACUAAAGCCCUGCGGGAGAAGGAUGGUGUGAACUGGCGCCAGAAGCUCCCGCCAAUCCCCACAGUUCCUGUUUCUGCCCAGACGAGGUGGAGCGUUCCUUCUACUGGAGCCCCUGGGGCAAACACUCCUCCUGCAACUGCACCACGGGGAGAAUCAGACCAGACUGCUGCUGGCACAGAGAGAGCUCGAACUCUGAAGGAAGAAGGAAAUGAACUUGUAAAGAAAGGAAACCAUAAAAAAGCAGUUGAGAAGUACAGUGAGAGUUUAAAGCUCAAUCAGGAAUGCACAACUUACACCAACAGAGCCCUCUGUUACUUGACUCUGAAGCAAUACAAGGAAGCAGUACAGGACUGCACAGAAGCUCUGAGGUUAGAUCCUAACAAUGUUAAGGCACUCUACAGACGUGCUCAAGCACUUAAAGAACUGAAGGAUUACAAAUCAAGUAUUGCUGAUAUCAAGAGCUUGUUGAAAACUGAACCAAAGAACACAGCUGCCCUGAGAUUACUGCAAGAACUGAAAAGCCUAGGGUAA